ACUGUUCUUCAUGCAUGCGAUGGGUCGCUCUGAGGACACCAUCGAGCUGGGCUCUGUGCUCGCCCGGACGUUCGCCAAAGCCUCUGCCAGCCAGGAUCGCAGCCUUGUAUGUGGCCCGGUGAUCACCGCCUUGGCCCGCUACUACGGGGUCGACUUCACUGGGAUGACCAUGGUCCGAGGACCAACCCCGUUCAGCGAGGCCGUCCUCCGCCACCAGCAUUUGGUUUCUCGCCAAGGGCGUGUGCACUGGAUUGCGGGCCUCCCUCAUCCACCUCUACCUGCAGAGGGCGACCAGCCAGAGUCGAGCGUAGCUGGGGGGACGCCGGGUUCACUGUCGUACUGUUCGUCGUGGCCAGACUCCUCGAGCCCCUCUACUGCUCCCAGGUCUCCGGCUCCCGGGUCUCCUACUCCCGUGGUGCCCAUUUCUGACCAGUUGGCGGCCAUCGCUCAGCAGAACGAGCGCAUUCUGGCCAGCCAAGAGCGCAUUCACACCCGCCUCGAUCGUGAGCGAGACCGCGGGCGUCGUCUUAUGUCCGGCCAGCACUACAUCAUGCCAUACCUGGGCUUGGACCCGAACGCAGUCCACUACCCCUUCGUGCAGUCCCCAGGGUAUGAGGAUGAGUACCCUCCACCCACCGGCGAUGGUGGUGAUGCAUUCUAGUGGCGAGUGGCUGGUUCUGUGCCUCAUUUGUGUUCCAGACUAAGACUCCAUGUUUUUGUUGUUUCUUUUUGUUUUGUUUUGUUUUUUUUUAUUUUGGAUUGUAGACUUGGAACUCCGGUUCUUUCACCAGUGUGUGUCUUUUGUUGACUUUAGCUCUGUGCCUUGGACUGGUUCCCCUUUCAGUCCCCUGCUCUUGACUAGUCUGCCUCCCAGUCCCCGUUCCUGAUCUCACUUCCUGGUAACAUCGUUCCCCUUCCCUCUGCUCCAUUGAGGACACUGUCGCAUUUAAGUGUGGGGGGGUUCUUUGUAUUAAUUGGAACGUAUAUAUGUGUGCUUGGAGCCUAGUCCGCUGUCCAAAUCUCAAGAUUUGAAGGCUCCAAGCACUGCUGUUUGCUUGAUGUUUGAUCGUAUUGGCACUGUGGAUGUGAUUAUUGAAUUGAAUGGCUUUUGACUUAAUGCAUGACAACUUGAGUGUGACUAAGACAGCUUAUUAUGAUGACUGAGAUGUGCAGUAGAACUGUGUAGGGGUUCAGUUUUUCAACUGUUUGCUUACCAACGGUGACUUGGAUUGAUCACUUGCUUUUGACUGUCAUUUAUGCAUCUACCCGAGGCGGAGGGAAAAAUACGGGGGUACUUAGUUCAGGGAAUCAGAGCGAGAGAUAGAGCAUAUAGGUAGCCAUGUGAGACUUGAGCCUGCUCGUUUCUUUCUUGUGCGAUAGUUCCCUCUUCCAUGAUGAGUAGCAUUCACGUUGUCAUUAGCUAAGAUGAUGGAGGCAUAGGAUUAGUCCACGACCAAAUUGACUGUCCUGGUGUGUCAUACCCCCUAGUCAGCCCCUUUGAGCCGUGUGUUCUCCUUUCUUUCGGUCAAUAUGAAAAAUCACCCUUUUGCAUCUCUUAGAAGGUUUCACAGAGUGGUUUUUAUAUGUUCUCUGCUGUUUCUGCUAAAUAUAAUGUGAGGGUUGGAGGUAGUUCUUAAAAAGUUGGGCAGGUGUUUGAAAAAUGUGCAGAGGUGGUGGUUCUCUUAAGAAAUGAAAAAAAAAUGAAAACAAAGAAAAAAAAUGAAAGCAAAAGAGAGUCACCACCAAAAAUCUAAAUAGUGCCCAUUAAGUAGUGUUUCUUAGCAGUCUGGCUUAGAAAUACUAGCAUUUAUGUGACCUCCUUCGCUCUUGUGCUCUGAAGAAUUUGAGUAAUGCAGAAUAGUAGAAAGAAAGUUAUUGGUUUGAUUGACUGUGAGUUUGUUGGGUUUGGAAAUGUGGAACCUUGUGUUAUGAAUACUUCCACCACCUAAAAGGACUUUUCCCCAUGUCCAAGACCCUAGCCAGUCAUCUGAACCUGUGUCUAAGACCUCCGGAUUAGUUAGUGGUGACACCUCAUAUGUGAACUCUAGCAUUUAGAAGCUGCCUUCAUGGUGAAGAGACUUUAGGGAUUGAGAGAAUAAGCAUGCACAUUUUUCGCAUCAAAUUGUCCUGACCCCACUGGUCGAGAGUGAGCGAUUCAUUUUCUCAUAUUCUCUAUACUCUUUAUCCCGGUGAGGACCUAUAUUGCUCGGUCUUAAUUCUGAUAUCUUGAGCUUUAUGCAUGAAGUGACUGUUUUGAAUAAGUGGUUGGAUCAAGUCUAUGUUGGUUGGUGAACAGAAGGGAGACUCUUCCUUUGCUCGACUUUACUGCAUUCGAAUGUCAUCUGUGGUGGUUUUCUAGGUUGUCGUUGAGGUUGUCCAUGUGUUAAUGAUCAAAAGCCAGUAUGAUCCACGUGUUUUGUGCCGAUAUGAUAUGCCCUAAAGCCUGCUUAAUUGAAACGUUUUGAGCUUACCUUGUGUCUGACUUGGUUUGCUUGGGGACAAGCAAACGGUUAAGUGUGGGGGAAUUUGAUAACGAUGUAAUUGCACAUGUUUGCACCCUUAGUUCUUAUCCGUUUGCGGGGCAUAAUCGUGUAUUUUUAGCCUAUUUUACGCCGGGUUGUGAUACUUUGUCAUAUUUUAGGUCCCAGACGUCGAACGAAAGGCUAAGCACGAGUUUCGGGGCAUUCGGAAGUCAUUCGGUCGAGCUGGAGCCAAAGCACGGGCACGCCUAAAUCAAAGCACGGCCGUGUUCCUGGACCGUGUUUUUACUGCCGAGGCUUGAUCCAAGACUUUCCAACACUGGCCCAAAACACGGGCGGGGCUGACCCAAAACACAGCCGUGUCCAACAUUAGGCACGACCGUGUUUUCCCCAAAGUCUGGCCGUGUUUUUAACACGUGGAAAGGGCACGGGCUGGCUGGAGCAAAGCACGGCCGUGCCGUCGACCGUGUUUUGCCCAGUGAUGCCCUUUUAGGCAGAUUUCAGCCAAAAGAGAAGCGGAUCCCAGUUUUAGAGAGACAGAGCGAUUCCUAGUGAGAUAAAGCGACAAACAAGAGCUCCCAAGUGCCCUAACUUGAUCUUCAUCACCAUUGGAGCCUGACUUGAGCUUGGAGGAGUGCCGAUCGACGACCAGGAGCAGAAAUCCAUCCUUCAUAGUAUGGUUUCCGCAUCUGAAUAUGCUUUUGCUUCUUUCUCUAUGGAGUAGUUCUCCCAUUCAUCUGGGUAUGGAGAACCCUAGAUUUGUAUGUUAGGUCUGAUUGUAUGAACCCAAGUACAGAUUCUAUGAUUUGAUUAUAUUCAAUUGAGGUUUGAAUGAUUGAAUGGCAUGAAUCCUUAUCAAAUUCCUGUUGUUUCUACUUUAACCUAGAAAGAGAAUAUUUGCAUAGGUUGAUAGAGCACCCUUAAUUGAAGGUAGUGAAUUGGCGACUUUAGUCGAGGAGCCAAUUCACUAUUCUGUACCGAAGUUACUUCGGUAGAGGAGGUUUUGUUCGUUAGGGCCUCAAUCUGUUUACUCCGGUGGAGGUUAGUCGCCCGCUAGCGACUCAGAUUGAGAGGGUCUGGAGACCUUUAGUCGAGACUUAACUGCAGUCUAGGGUGAACCAUAUCCGGGUGACCUCUCUCGACUAGAAACAACCGUUUAACUUGCUUUGUGUUUUUGCUUGUUUGAACCUGCACUUAAGUUUCACUGCUAGAUAAUAAGAAUUCACUGAGUAGUCAUCAUAUCUAGGACCCGGGUUGGCAUUAAAACCCAAACCCUCUAUACUACGCUUUAGGAAGUGGUUACACUUGGCCAUUUUCUAGAGUGACAGUAGGAGUGAGACAGUUACGGACGAGAGGGGGGACUGUGUGGAGUCGCCGGUGGCGAAAAUAGAAGGAGGAACGGCAACAGGAGUGGAUAGGUUUGGGUAAGAAAUUUUUUAUUUGCUUCGGUUUACUACCGAUUUUAAUUGUUUCUGAUUUUUGCUCUAUUUGGGUGCAGGUUAUCCGAACGAUGCAUAUCUAGGUGAUUUCUUUGUUAAACUCGAGUUAAUACGAUUAGAGUGAUUAGGCUAAAAAGGGUCGUAUUCUGGUUGUUUCUAAAAUGGUUCAUAGAUAUGGAUUUUAGUGAAUGUAGUUGAGUUUGCUUAUUCGGAGUCCAGGAUUUAGAGAAAAGAAGGAAUUUUUAAACUUAUGGUCAUUAUUCAUAAAUCACUGAUUUUUAAUAAAAAAAUGUAAAAUGAAGCCCGUUCUCCAUCUCACAGCUGCUGCUUGUGAUUUUUAUUAGACUAGGUUAAUUUUCAAAAACAGUUAAGGGUUUAUAAAAUCUGAAAUUUAUUGUGAUAUGUUGAUUUUUGUUGGAUUUGGUUUUUAUUCAGAAAUCACAUUUGUUUCUAUUAGUGAAAUUUUGGCGAUUGAAAGCUAUAUAUGUGUUGGUUUGAGUUAUAUAUGCUUAAAAAGAAGUUGAAACUUGACUGAAGAUUGAAAGCUAUAUAUAUAAAUUUGUUUGAGCUAUAUAUGCUUAAAAAGAAGUUGAAACUUGACUAAAGGUUAAAACGAUGCUUACCAAGAAAUUAGGAUAAUGAUAGAAACUAAAGCAAGUGGAUUUAGACGGGAGAUAUAAGUUAUUACUACAUAAACGGUGUUCAAUUGA